AUUCAAUCUCGUGAUAGUCCCACGGGGCUGUAAAUCACAGAUUCCUCGCCCAACUUCGCCAAGGUCCCUGCGGUGAAAGAUCCCAAAGGCAAAUGUCUAAUAAUACGAGCUUCCCGUGAAAUCAUCUAUGGCGAAAGGAAAAUCUGCAACGUGUUCAAUGACGAAGCUUCGUCCUAGCAUGAGAAGCCACAAUCGCCUUCCCUUAAGCCAUUAUCAUACGCCCCAAAAUUGCAGUGAUGGUCCUGGUCGUUGCUUCCCCAGCUGGCGCCAUUGUACGACAUGUACACCGCAUCGUCGUCGAGAUUGGGUGCCUUCACUCCGAACGUGUAGGGCAGUGUGCUCCCAACCUCUUGUUGGGUACCGCUCGGGAUACUGAGCAGGUCUGCCUCGCCGACAAGUUCCUGGUCACUGUCAUACAAGAUGACAUCGAAGCGAUAGUUUUCCGUGUGGAAACCGGGGCCCUGGUUUCUCUGGUACUGCCUGAUGUGCACCCCACACCAGCCGCCAUGGUAGGACUCGCAGUUCUGGUUCGAGACAUCUUUCGCCGUUACGCAUUCGGUGGGCUCCUUUUUGGGUACAACGACCUCAUUCCCGCCAACGUAGUUUUGCACACCAGUGUUUUGUAGGCAACAUUUGUUGAUGAACAGGCCGCAGCCAAAUGCCAUGCCAAUCCUGACCGAGUGUUGUGUCCCUGGAUCGUUGUCUCCUAUCAGUGUCGCAUAUAGUUCGCCCGUAACCUCGUUCUCCUUGUACAUGUGAAAUUGUUUGUUCGUCAAUUGGAAGCCCAUGCUGCUGAACUGCAAAGUUUGGCACUGGUUUACGGUUAUUUUACUUCCGUUUUAUACAUACUCAAAGCUGGCUGCUUGGCCCAC